AUGCCCCCGUCAACAGCUGUCCCCUCCUUAUCGAACGACACUGCCUCGACGCCUGCGUCCUCGUCAAGCGCAUCCUUGGACACAAGAUGGGCAUCCGGCCUCGCAGGUCAUGAGAUCCUCGAGGAUGAUGGGACCGGGGCCCUCAUCGUCCCAGCUCACACUGAUCAUCGCACCACCCCCUAUACUUAUAUCUGUUUGUUCCAUCUCCUUGACUGUCACAUCACGUUUGACAAUGCCGAGGACUGGAGAAUUCAUGUCUUCAGCCACUUUCGCACACACGAACCUCCCAAGACAGCGCGCUGUCCCCUGUGUCCUGGGGAACGGUUUACCGAUACCGCUGAAUCGAGAGCAUGGGAUGCAAUGCUUGACCACGUCGACGUGGUCCACUAUCAGCAGGGCCAGACUCUGGCCGGCAGUCGGCCUGACUUUGAAUUGAUGCAGUACCUGUAUGGCCUGAGGAUCAUCAGCGUAGAUCAAUUCAAAGUGAUGCAACUCCCGCCGCCCCCUUCGAGCCCGGCGUACCAUCAAUCGCAGGAACCAGUUCGUGCAAGCAUCGGCUCUUCCGAUGAGCCCUACUGUGCUCCGUAUAGUCGGCGACGCGAGGAGAGAAUGCGUAGUCAGCGUCGAGGGGUUAGCGUCGCUUGA